CAAUGAUGGCUGGUUGUAAGUAAAGCGCCACACGAGCCAAGCGGCACUUCGGCAUUUGUCUCCCUCACACGCAAUGAGUGUGAAGGAGACAAAUGACAUUAUUUACAACAGGCGCGCACGCUUUUUGGUGUUAGUGGCGCGAUUAGUUGGCGCUGACUUGUUUUUCGGUGUAGUUGUUUGUUACCGGUGUGCAAAAUGGAAAAAUUUAAUAAUUUAAAACAAUUACUGCAGCGUAAACAGGAAUUGAUAAGAAUAAAGGCAGAAAUAGAAAGAUCCGAAUCUGUAAAAAACCAUAAGGAAUACUCGUACUCCCAAAACUCGUCAGCUGAUAAUAUAAUUGAUCAAAGUGAUACAGAAUGUAUAAAACUCGACGUGCAGUCAUUUUUAGCAAAAAAAUCCCAUAAUUCUCGUGACUCAAUUGAGAGCAAUUUGAACUCGUCAGCUACAGAUAUUAUUGUAGAUAUCAAUGAAUCAGAUAUUUCAACAUUUCAGUCAUAUGAUACUGUGGAAAUUAAAAAACAAAAGGAAGCAGUUGUGAAUUAUAGUAGUAGUGACAGCAGCAAUAUUCUUAACACGUCAACUCUAUGUCUAGAAAUGUCUCACUCAUUUUUUAAUGAUUCUAAUAAUAGUGAUCUCGUUAAGAGUAAUAAUAUACCCGAGUCAUCUGAAACAGAAAAGAAAAUUAACAUUGUUUCUGUUGAAAACGUUGAUAAUAUUUUGACUGCUAAACUCAAUGAAAAGAAAUACUGUGAACUUUAUUCAAAUGACAGUGUAAAACGUUGUAACAAAAACGAUGUGUUGCCCUUAAAAGAAACAAAAAAAUAUUCACAAAAUGUUAAUCAAAUAGUGACCUUUAAUGAAUGUUCGAACAUACCUAAUACAUCAUUCUGCAAACUUGGUUUGGAUAUCUCUAAAUCUGCCUGCGCCCCCGUUAUGGCUUUUGAUUUACCUACAUCUCAGUCCACAGAUAUUGCACCUUUAGAUACAGUAUCUCCAACCUCUUACACUGAUAUUAAGGCUUUGGCUCUACCUGUGUCUUCUUGCACUGCCAUUGAGAUUGAGACUUUGUGCACAGACCAUGCAACUCCUCGCGGUGAUAACAAAGCUUUGGGUCUUCAUUCAUCUCCCUCAUUGUUAGACUUUGUACCGACAACUUCUUGUGCAGACAUUAUGUACAUGGACAUACCUAAAGCUCACUCUCCAGAUAUUUCAGUGCUGGAUAUAGUCCCUGCAACUUCCUGUACAGAUGGUAUGAAUGUGGACUCACCUGUAUCUCUUGCUGCAGAUAUCCCAGUACAGGUUAUAGUACCUGAAACUGCCUGUGAUGAAAUAUCGGACUCAUCUUCCUUAAAAAAAUUAGGAACAUUGAACUUACCUACUCCUUCUAGUAGCAAUACAAAUAAAAAUCGAAUGCCUGAUAUUAAAAAAUCUCGCAAAAGAAAAUGUAUACAGGAACUCCCUAAGUUAAAAAAAGAACACAUUGAUUUUAUAUCAGACGAUGAAUGUUAUGACAAACUUAAUGUUGCUCAAGGCGAAGAUUUUUCCUCUGGAAGCUCAGAUCUAUGGUCCGGCAAAGAAAGCGAUAACAUGUCGUCAUCUAACUCUGAAAAUGACCCAAAACAUACUAAACCUACAAAUAAGAGAAAGAAAUUACAAAAGAAAAGAAAUAUUGACAAACCAUUGGAAGGAACUGUACAAUUUAAGAAAAGAAAAGUGGAAAAUAAAAGGAAGAUUAGGAGAAUGAAACGAGAAAAAGGUGACAGUUAUGAGACUUCGUCUGGAAAGCUUGUAGAGAAAAAAACAUUAAAGGCAAAUCCCUGCGAGCCUACAAAAUGUCCCAGGAAUUGUUUUGAAAUCACCGAGGAAAGGAGACAAAGUAUUUUUGAUUAUUUUUGGAAUUUGAAUUCUCAAAGAAAAAAAGAUUGGCUGGUACAAUGUGCCUUACGAGUUCCGGUUAAUAGACCAAAAAAAGGCGUGAUCGACAGCAAAAGAAAGUUUACUUACGAAUACUACAUAAAUGAAGGCGAGGGCAGAAGACAGGAAUUAAAUACAUCGAAAAUUAGAAUUGCUACAAUGAAGAAAAAGGAUGUAAACACGUUUACAACUAAACAUUCUAUGAAACCUGAUGCGACCACUCAUGAAAUUAAAUUAUUUGAUAAUUAUUUUAAGCCAAAAGGAAAGGGUGUAAUAAAAGGAAAGGGUAAAGGAAAAGGGAAAGGAAAAUUGAAGGAAAAGGAUACUGCACCAUCAGCUUCUAAUGAGACGUUAGAAAUAAAAUUAAAAAAGGAAUUCCAACAAUUGAAACCCCUUUAUAAAAAAAGAUUGGCCAUAUCAGAAAUCAAAUAUAAAGAUUUGACAAAGCUAUGCAAUGAUGGUGUUAUCCCUAGCAGAUAUCAUGGGGAUUUUACUAAUCUACCCUAUGCUAAGAAAAUACAAGACACACUCAAUCAAACGGACGAAGAUGACUCCUCUGUUGACUCUGUCUAG